CGCCGGGCGGUUGGGGCCGCCAUUGCCUCCGCUCAGUAGCGUCCGCCGCUGCCGCCAUGGAGCUCCAGGAGUCCUCGUCGCCUCUCCGCCCCGCCAACGAGAACGUCCGGCUGCCCAAGGGCGAUGGCAGCAAGAAGGGGAUGUCGGUGGAGCACAUCUACCAGAAGAAGACGCAGCUGGAGCACAUCCUGCUCCGGCCCGACACCUACAUCGGCUCCGUGGAGCUGGUCACCCAGCAAAUGUGGGUUUUUGAUGAGGGCGUGGGCCUUAACUGCAGAGAUGUGACCUUUGUGCCUGGCUUAUACAAAAUCUUCGAUGAGAUUCUAGUCAAUGCCGCAGACAACAAGCAGAGGGACAAAAGCAUGUCGUGCAUUAAAGUUACAAUUGAUGUAGAGAAUAACACAAUCAGUGUAUGGAACAAUGGGAAAGGUAUCCCAGUUGUUGAACACAAAGUGGAGAAGGUCUAUGUGCCUGCUCUUAUCUUUGGACAGCUACUAACAUCCAGCAACUACGAUGACAACGAAAAGAAAGUCACAGGUGGGCGAAAUGGUUACGGAGCCAAACUGUGCAACAUAUUUAGCAAAAAAUUUACUGUUGAAACUGCAUCUCGUGAAUACAAAAAGUUAUUCAAGCAGACCUGGACAGAUAACAUGGGAAAGGCCGGUGAAAUGAAGCUGAUGUAUUUUGAUGGAGAAGAUUACACGUGUGUCACUUUCCAACCUGAUCUGUCAAAAUUCAAAAUGACAAUUCUUGACAAAGACAUUGUCGCACUAAUGUCUCGAAGAGCGUAUGAUAUUGCUGGAUCCACAAAGGAUGUCAAAGUUUUCCUAAAUGGACAGAGGCUCCCUGUCAAAGGAUUCCGCAGUUAUGUGGACCUCUAUCUGAAGGACAAAGUCGAUGAAACUGGGAAUGCACUUAAGGUUAUCCAUGAGGAAGUAAAUUCUCGGUGGGAAGUGUGUUUGACUUCAAGUGAAAAAGGCUUCCAGCAAGUCAGCUUUGUCAACAGCAUUGCCACUACAAAGGGUGGCAGGCACGUUGAUUAUGUAGCUGACCAGGUUGUGACUAAAAUCAUUGAUGUUGUGAAAAAGAAGAACAAAAAUGGAGUUGCAGUGAAGCCUUUUCAGGUGAAGAAUCACAUGUGGAUUUUCAUUAAUUCCUUAAUUGAAAACCCAACCUUUGACUCUCAGACGAAGGAGAACAUGACUCUGCAGGCAAAGAACUUCGGCUCAACCUGUAAACUGAGUGAAAAAUUUAUUAAGGGUGCAGUUGGCUGUGGCAUUGUUGAAAGUAUCCUAAACUGGGUAAAAUUUAAAGCUCAGAGCCAGCUGAAUAAGAAAUGUUCAGCAGUGAAACACACCAAGAUUAAGGGUGUUCCUAAGCUGGAUGAUGCCAAUGAUGCUGGCAGCAAGAAUUCUUUAGAUUGUACACUUAUCCUGACCGAGGGAGACUCAGCCAAAACACUGGCUGUCUCUGGUCUAGGAGUGGUUGGAAGAGACAAAUACGGAGUAUUUCCCCUUCGUGGGAAAAUGCUCAACGUCCGAGAAGCUUCUCAUAAGCAGAUUAUGGAAAACGCUGAAAUCAACAACAUCAUCAAGAUUGUGGGUUUGCAAUAUAAGAAGAACUAUGAAGAUCAAGAAUCUUUAAAGACUCUUCGCUAUGGAAAGAUUAUGAUUAUGACAGAUCAGGAUCAAGAUGGAUCCCAUAUCAAAGGUUUGCUGAUUAACUUCAUCCAUCACAACUGGCCGUCUCUUCUAAGACACAACUUUUUGGAGGAAUUUAUUACUCCCAUCAUAAAGGCUUCUAAAAAUAAAGAAGAAAUUGCAUUCUACAGCAUCCCUGAAUUUGAAGAGUGGAAAAACAGUACACAGAACUACAAUUCGUGGAAAAUCAAGUACUAUAAAGGUCUGGGUACCAGCACAUCGAAGGAGGCUAAGGAAUACUUUGCAGAUAUGGCUAAACACCGAAUUGGCUUCAAAUAUUCCGGUCCUGAAGAUGAUGCUGCGAUCACCCUGGCCUUUAGCAAGAAGAAGGUAGAAGAGCGAAAGGAGUGGCUGACUAAUUUCAUGGAGGACAGAAGACAAAGGAAGCUGCAUGGUCUGCCAGAGGAAUACCUAUAUGGGAAAAAUACUAAUUACCUGACGUACAAUGACUUCAUCAACAAGGAGUUAGUGCUGUUCUCCAACUCAGAUAACGAAAGAUCGAUCCCGUCACUGGUUGAUGGUUUGAAGCCAGGUCAAAGAAAAGUUCUGUUCACGUGUUUCAAACGGAACGAUAAGCGGGAGGUGAAGGUUGCUCAGUUGGCUGGUUCUGUAGCAGAGAUGUCCUCAUACCAUCAUGGUGAAACGUCGCUGAUGAUGACCAUUAUCAACUUAGCUCAGAACUUUGUGGGCAGCAACAACCUCAACCUGCUGCAGCCCAUCGGGCAGUUUGGCACCAGGCUGCAUGGUGGGAAGGACUCUGCCAGCCCUCGAUACAUUUUCACAAUGCUCAGCCCACUAGCCCGGCUGCUGUUCCCAACAAUGGAUGACAACAUCCUGAGGUUCCUGUAUGAUGACAAUCAGCGUGUGGAGCCAGAAUGGUAUAUGCCCAUCAUCCCAAUGGUGCUCAUCAACGGGGCAGAAGGGAUUGGUACUGGCUGGUCCUGUAAGAUCCCCAACUUUGAUGUCAGGGAAGUUGUGAAUAAUAUCCGUCGUCUGAUGGAUGGAGAAGAGCCAUUGCCAAUGAUUCCAAGUUAUAAGAAUUUCAAAGGCACGAUAGAUGAGCUGGGACCUAAUCAGUAUGUGAUAAGUGGGGAAGUGUCUAUCCUUGAUUCUACAACCAUUGAGAUCACUGAGCUGCCUGUCAGAACAUGGACACAGACUUAUAAAGAGCAAGUUCUGGAGCCGAUGUUAAAUGGGACUGAGAAGACACCCCCACUGAUCACAGACUAUAAGGAAUAUCACACAGACACCACAGUGAAGUUUGUAGUGAAGAUGACUGAAGAAAAACUAGCUGAAGCGAAUGCAGCGGGGCUCCAUAAGGUCUUCAAACUCCAAACAAAUUUAACGUGCAACUCCAUGGUUCUUUUUGACCACGUUGGCUUUCUCAAGAAGUACGACUCUCCCCAGGAUAUUCUUAAAGAGUUCUUUGAACUCAGGCUCCGAUACUACAGUUUGAGAAAAGAAUGGCUUAUUGGAAUGUUAAGUGCCGAGUCCGCGAAGCUGAGCAACCAGGCUCGUUUCAUCCUGGAGAAAAUAGAUGGCAAAAUCGUCAUCGAAAACAAACCCAAGAAAGAGUUGAUUCAGGUUCUUAUCCAGAGGGGGUAUGAAUCUGAUCCAGUGAAGGCUUGGAAGGAAUCGCAAAACAAGGAAGAAGAAGAGGAGGAGGAGGAGGAGGAGAGUGAGAGAGAAUCAGCUGCAGCUAAAGGACCAGACUUCAACUAUCUGCUGAACAUGCCCCUGUGGUAUCUGACUAAAGAGAAGAAAGAUGAACUCUGUAAGCAGAGAGAUAACAAAGAAGCGGAGCUGGAAAGCCUGAAGCGCAAGAGUCCCUCUGACCUGUGGAAGGAAGACCUGGCCGUCUUUGUUGAAGAACUUGAUGCAGUGGAAGCCAAGCAAGCUCAGGAUGAGCUGGCAGGGAUUGUUGGGAAACCUCUGAAGGGGGUGAAAGGAGGGAAGGUGAAGGUGAAGAAGGCACAGCUGCCAGAAGUAAUGCCAUCCCCCCACGGCAUCAGGGUGGUUCCUCGGAUAACUGCAGAGAUGAAGGCAGAGGCGGAGAAGAGAUCGAAAAAGAAAAUAAAGAGCGAAAAAAAUGAAUUUGAUGAGAAUCAAGAAGAAAACGCAUCAGGAGACAAAGAACCUUCAGGCCUUAAGCAGAGAUUAGCAAAGAAACGUAAUGCUGAGCAAGGUGCGAGGAAACAGACCACUCUGCCCUUUAAGCCAUUGAAGAAAAUGAAGAAGCGAAACCCUUGGUCUGACUCAGGGUCUGACUCAGAGUCUGAUUUUGAAGCUCCUCCUCAGAGAGAGAAGGUGGUUCGUCAGGCAGCAGCCAAAGUCAAGACUAUAAUCAGUUCGGACUCGGAUGAAAAUCUCUCCAACUCAGAGGAGGAGUCUGAAUUUCAGGCCGACAGCGAAGGCAACACCGACUCCGACACGAGCUUGAAAGAAAAACCUGCUCCCAAGCCCAAAGCGGCUCCAAAGGGAACCACCGAAAAAGCAGCUAAAGCUCCCAAGCCAAAGCCCGAGCAAAGCACUGUCCCUGUUCAAGCCCAAGAAGUUGCUGAUGAGAACCCGAGUGAAGCUCCUGCAGAUCCUCCUGUCCCUGUGCCUCAGAGGAAGGCCGGGUCCAAAAAACCUGCUGCAGCCAAGAAGGCCAGUGCCACUAAGGAUCACCAGCCCUCCAUCCUGGAGGUUCUGGCCAAGAAAAAGGCUGCCCCCAAACCCAGCAAGGCAGCGGCGGCGAAGGAGGCGGCUCCGGAUGCGGAGGCCAAAGGAGCAGGUGGCAAGAAGCCUGGCCAGGCCAAGGGGAGGAAAGUCCUCAAAAGGCAGCCCAGCUCCUUGGAUUCCAAUUCAGAUUCAGAUUCGGAUUUUGGGUUGAAACCUUCCAAAUCAGUCGCAGCGAAGAAAUCCAAGCUGGAGGAUGAUGACAGCUUCACCCUCGAUUGUGCAGAGAGCCCCGUCGCAGCCGUGCCCCGCACCAGGCCCGGGCGUCUCAAAAAGCCUGUCCAGUACUUGGAGGAGUCUGAUGAAGAUGAUAUUUUUUGAAUUUUUAUGAAGAUUUUAACCUGCUGAUCCAUAAUCCAGGAACCAGCCUUCAGCAGAGCCCCGGGACAAGCUGCCACCCAAGAGCAGCAGCCCCAACUGGGAAAUCUUUUCACUGAAUUUAAGCUACUCCACAAAUGUUUGGUACAAGUGACUACGGCUCUAUUUUUCUUGGUUUUAAAUAAGUUAGAUUUGUUUAAACAGGAAACUACCCCCCCCCUUUUCUCGUGAAGGCUGGAGCCGUGAGCCCAGCCUAGUGCUGAUGCACUUCCCUCUUCCCCAGGAGCUACCUGGAGUUGUUUCAUACUUUGUGGUCGUUUUAAACUUUAGAACUUAUCAAAUCCUUUAAAAUACCCUCUCGCAUAGAUACCUUCCUCUUUAGAUAGCUUAAAAAUUGAUAAAACACGUAAGCUUUUAACUCAGCAGGGGGAGAACCCCCAACGCUGGUGUUUUCCUCUCUCUUCUGGGGCCCUUUCUGCCUGUGCAGGUCCCCGUUGCUCAACCUCCACCACGUUGGGUUUUAGCCUUUGGGGUUUUUAGAUUUGGGUUGAGGAAAAGGCAGCUUUGUGCAGACUUGUCUCCGCCUGCCAGUUUUAUCUCCUCGUCCCGCUGCCAGGAACCCCCGUGUGCAGCCCAGAGGUCAUCUCCGGGUAAGAUGUUCUGGCUGCCAGAUCUUGGUGCUGGUGAAGAGCCAAAGGGCAUGUCCCUGUUGUGGGAUGGGACAGAGGGACAGAGGCAGGACAGACAGUGGCCAUCCCGGGCUCUCUGCAGGAAAAGCCAGUUGGUUACUCCCAACACGAAGCUUCUCCUGCCCUUUCCUUCCUGGGGACAAACCCCCUGAGCUCCCCCACACUCCUGGAGGAGGAAUGUGGUCCUUUGUGAGGUGGGACCUCUUUGUCACAGAGUGGUCAGACCUUCCAGCGCUCAAGUUCCUCAGCAGAAGCCUCAUCUUCCUCUUCCCAUCCCAAAUAAUUCACUGGAGUAUUUAUUUCUUCACGUUUUGCUUUUCUUAGACCUGUUCUGGAGCACCGUGGGGUAUUUCUUGACUGUCUGUAAAUAUUUUCUGUGUUUUCUUCUUCUUGUCCUGACUUUGUCCCUUUUAAUAUUUAUAUAAUAAAAUUGGUUUGGUUUUUGGUUUUU